UAUUAUUUUCUACCUUGGAUUACAUUAUUGUACCCAUACCUACUGUGGUUUAGAAGGUAACAUCACAUAGAUUUUAUGACAUGAUAUUGUGUAGAUUAUUAAACCGUAAAAUAAUUACAUGGGUUAAAAAAAAAAAAAAAAACUUGCACUGAAUCAUUCUGAUAAAAUCGUUGCUUGCUAAAAAUUACUAUUUGCGUCCUAUUUAUCAGUGAUAAGUUUGCAUCACUUCGUCUUGACACCUGUAUACCUGCCCAGCAGGACGUUUUACAAAUGAGUAGCCAAGCGAUGGAGACAUUAUUUAUAUUGUGAUAUCAGUACGUUCACACUGACCCACACGGUUGCUGUCAUGUUGACACACCUGUACAGGGAUUCAAAGGAAAAGACAUGAAUAUUCUCAUAUUUGUUCAUGUGUAUAAACUGCACAGGAAAUAUCUGCAGUAAGCAAUCUACAAUUUUGAUCUACGUAGGAGCUGGACAAGACAAUUUAUUUUUAUAUUUAUAUCACUGGAAUGUUCCUCACUGCUACUGACAAUGUUAACACACCCACAGUGAUUCAACCAAGAAGGCAUAAAUGCUCUGAUGUUUGCAUGUGUAAAAACUGUUUAUGAAAUAUCUGCAUUAAGCAGUCUAUGAUUUUGAUCUACGUAGUAGCUUGACAAGACAAUUUAUUUUAUAUUUGUAUCACUGGAAUGACCCUCACUGCUACUGACAAUGUUGACACACCUACAGUGAUUCAAACGAGAAAAUACAAAUGUUCUGAUAUUCGUAUGUGUAUAAACUAUGCAUGCAAUAUUUGCAGUUACCUGUCUAUGAUUUUAUGGACAAGACAAUUUAUUUUUCUGUUUAUUUCAUUGGAAUGACCCUCACUGCUACUGUCAAUGUUAACAUGCCAACAGUGGUUCAAAAGAGAAUAUGUAAAUUCUCCGAUAUUCGCAUGUGUAUAAACUGUUUAUGAAAUAUCUGCAGUAACCGGUCUACAAUUUAUUUUCUGCGCAGUACAUGGACAAGAUGAUUUAUUUUUCUAUUUAUUUCACUGGAAUGACCCUCACUGCUACUGUCAAGUUGACACACCUAUACAGUGGUUCAAACGAGGAGACAUAAAUUUUCUCAUAUUUGCACUUGUGUAUAAACUGCACAUGAAAUAUCUGCAGUGACCAGUCUAUGAUUUUGUUCUACGCAGUACAUGGACAAUAUGGUUUACUUUUCUAUUUGUUUCACCAGUUUUAGUUGUUUUUUCUAAUAAGAAGUUUAGGUUAACACUGUUAAUCAAACAUUUCUGUUGGAAUGUAACUUAACAGGAAGACAUCAAGAUAUUUUGGAUAUCAUAGUUCACCAAACAUAUUUUUGUUAAAACAUAAUUUAAAACAAAAACUUGUCUUUCGUGGAUUAGCUGUGGAGUACUAAACUAAACAUGCGCACAAGAUACCCGGGUGAAGGAUGGGUUAUGAAAUCUGAAAUAGGUCGCAGUAUUCACUGGAUGUGAUUGGCAAUGGAAUAUAUUUGUCCCUGUUUACGGGGCCACUCUAAAACUCCAAAAGAGGGGCCACAAAGAGAACUGUUGUCCCCUGAUGUCGAAGAUGAUGAAAUUAGCAGACCCCAGACAGACUCGUCAUUUGAGAAGGUUGCCACCAGUGAAAGGAGGGGUAGCCUCCCCUUGGUGUCAUCGAGCCUGGAUGACACCAUGGACAGCUCAUCAUCUUCAUCACGAUUUGUGAAUUUCUUCACAAAGAAAGGCUUCAAAAGUAAUCUCAAGAGAACGAAGAGCGUCACCAAGUUGGACCGCAAGCGCUCUGUGCCAGGAUUCUCAGACAAUGAUACUUCCUUCAAGGGCUCAAUGAAGCGCACAAUGAGUUUGGGUCGCCUCAAUAGAAAACGAAACCCGCCAAAACCCACAGAACAUCGGCAUGCCUUCCCAUGUGACUGUGUUGUUCGAACGCCAGAAAAUCACCAUACAUGGUCUCUGAUCAAUUCGCGGAUCCAGACAUCUCGCUCCCAUGAAUCCCUCCUGACAUCGCCUUCCAGUAUGCAUUCCAUCGACCUGACGGCCCCUGACCUGGAGAUCAAGCCACUGCACAGCAGCAUUCUGGGACAGGACCACUGCUUCCAGGUCUCGACCACACAUGGCAGCAAGUACAUCUCCUGUCGCACGUCGGAGGAGCGCGACAAAUGGAUAGACAGUUUGCGACGGACUGUACAACCAAACCAGGAACAGUGUCGAAGGGCAGACAACUCUUUGAAGCUUUGGAUUCAGGAGGCUAAAAAUGUUGCACCAAAGAAAAGAUAUUUUUGUGAAAUCCACCUGGAUAAAACUCUGUAUGCCAGGACCUCCAGCAAAGCUAAAAAUGAUAUGCUUUUCUGGGGGGAACACUUUGAAUUCAAUAACCUUCCAGCAGUAGAGUUUAUCACAGUCAACCUGUACAGAGAGGCUGACCGCAAGAAGAAGAAGGACAAAAACUGCAUUGUCGGUUAUGUGAAUAUUGCAGUGGCAGAAAUCUGUAGUCGACAGUUUGUGGAAAAAUGGUUUACAGCAGCCUCGGGUACAGUGGGCAAGGCUGGUAAAGACACAAAGAGUGAUCUGCCCAUUCUGAGGCUGAAGGCUCGAUACCAGACAGUGCAGAUUCUUCCCAUGGAUCUCUACCAGGAUCUAGUCAAGUAUUUAACCACCGAGUACUGUACCCUCUGCGAAGCUCUAGAACCACUGCUGGGCAUACGUGACAAGGAGGAAAUUGCAACAACGCUCAUCCACAUUAUGCAAAAGUUGAACCGAGCCACCAACUUCCUGUCCGAUAUCGUCAUCUCAGAAAUAGGCAGACUGGACAAUGAGCAUUUGACGUUCAGAGGAAACAGCAUUGCAACCAAAGCCAUGGAGGCCUAUAUGAAACUUGUUGGAGAAAAGUAUUUGCAAGACACGCUGGGUGAAUUUGUCAAGUCGAUCAUUGAGAUGCCAGACGACUGCGAGGUGGAUUCGACUCGCGUGUCGAACAACGCUCAGUUACAGUGUCACCAGAAGAACCUCGACAUGUACUGCAACAUGGCCUGGGUGAAGAUCAUCAAUUCCUACUGCUACUUCCCCAUGGAGUUGAAAGAAGUGUUUUCCAACUUCCGAGAAAGAUGUCGGAAGCGAGGCAAGGAGGAUUUCAGUGACAAUCUGAUCAGUGCGUCCAUCUUCCUCCGUUUUCUGUGUCCAGCCAUUCUGUCACCAAGUCUGUUCAACCUCACUCAAGAAUAUCCACAAGAAAGGGCUGCUCGAAAUCUUACCCUUAUUGCCAAGACAAUUCAGACACUGGCAAACUUCACCAAGUUUGGUGGCAAGGAAGAGUUCAUGACCUUCAUGAACAGUUUUGUGGAACGUGAGGCCAGCAACAUGAAAAAUUUCCUUAAGAAAAUAUCUAGUCUUGACUCGGGAAAUCACUUCCUGGAGUUUGAUGGGUUUAUUGAUCUCGGAAAGGAGUUGUCCACGAUGCACACAUUGCUGCUGGAAACCCUUGCCAGAGCCCCUGAGGACACCUUGAUAAAACUGACCAAGCUGCAAUCCAUCCUUGCAUCGAUCACCAAUGCGCUGUCGAACCCAGACAUCGGCACGCCAAAAACCAGUCACAGGAAGUCUCAGAUAUAUGACAACGUGAGCAUGCCUAGUCAUAUGAACACCUCCCCGACAGAGGUUCUUCGAGACAUGCUUCGCCAGUGCGGGGAAGACGCAGAUGAACUACCUGUGUUCGCGAACCGGAGGAAACUGUCUCAGACAGAGAGUGCGGACGUUAGCAGUGUCCCGAACGGAAACAGUGUACACUACAACACGUACUCUCAUUCUCAGUCUUACACAGCAGUUAAGAGCGAAGUCUCAAAUGUGUCUGCAAGUUCGAGAAACCUCGACCAGCAUCGAGUUAACGAAUCGUGGAACCAAAUGGUGCACGCCGCGGAAAGUGUGAACGGUGAGUAUCUGGACUUGAUUCCCUUCAUAGACGAAGACACGCAGAACUCGUCAAUGGAGCUGGAACAGAACACAAAUGGCAGCCAGAUGUCGAUCAGUCAGAUUUCCACAGUGGCAUCCUCAGGAUACCAGUCGUUCGGUUACAGCCAGUCUAAUUCCCCGGUGGACGCUACGACGCACUCCGAAUACUGUCGUGAAAUUACCAAAUCCCCUGUUGUUCAGUACCCUAUGCAACCAUUGUCAUUUUCUAAUCCUCUGUACAGACAUCAGCAGAACGUCAGUCGAGGCGCAACCCCUCGGUUGACACGCGACACCUCGAGUUCGGACUCUAUCAGCAGCAACGACGAGGCGAGCACGGUGAAACACCGGAGUCCGGUGAAGUCGUCCGACCACAGUUCUUCUCGGUGUAUGGACCCACUGAGGAAACUCUCUCAGUUGUCCAGUUCUAGUUCGAGUGAGUCGCUAUGUGACAAACGCUCAAGGAGUGCCGCGAAGGCUCCGUUCACAAACACAAACACAGACUCCAGUGCUAGCUCCAGCAGUGCUUCACAGUUCGCGCUCGACUUCCCCAACCCCAUCCCAGCUCACAGCAGCCCGCGGCAGGAUCGCAGCUGUUCUUUUUACGACACAAUGCCACAUGAACGCGGCUGCGCACGUCCCUACCAGCUCUCUCACAGCAUGGACUUCGGCUGUUUCAAUCAAAGACAGGAGGAAGGGCUGAGGCGGACGGCUACAGACUCUGUGAUAUCACAAACCAGCACGCCGUUGCAUGUGCAUUCAAACAGUUCGGGGUCGCUGGGCCAGUUCUCGCGGGACGACAGUUUGACGUGGAGCCCACGGAGACCCUCACCUAACAGCUCCGUACACAUGGGAAUCAGCUCCGUGCAACGCAAGCUGCAGGAACAGGAGCGCAUAAAGCAAGAGUUUGAGAAUGAGGUAGUGACAUUGCGGUCGCAGCUGGACGAGGCCCAGUCGCGGCUGCAGCGUGCAGAAGACCGGCUGCAGUACCACGAGGAGGACACGAAACAGAUGAUCCAGGAGUGGCAGUUCCGGCUGGAGGAGAGCGAGGAGCGCAUGAAGAAACAGCAGGCCGAGAAGGAGGACCAGAUGAAGACCAUCAUCAACAGCAGACUGGUCUCCAUAGAAGACGAGCUGAAGAGUGAGCAGCAGGAGAUGAAGAAGAUCGUCGACCAGAAGCAGCAGGUGAUCGAAGCCCAGGAGCGGCGCAUACAGAUGCUCGACAACGCCAACUCCAAGCUCAUGGUUGCCCUCAAUGAACUCAAGGAACGCUACAACACCACACAGAGCCGCAAUGGGCUGACGGGACCACCACGACCUAAGGUCAAACCAUCCGAGUUAUCUGGAUUCAAGAGUAGCUCUUGUUGAUUGAUGUGUGCAAUUCUGUGUUAUUCUGUGCUAUUGUCGGUUUAUUUCAAAGCCGAAAUCCUUAAGUGAUAAAUUUGUUUCUGGGGACAAAAAUGGUGCAAGCAAUGUUUUGAAGUCAUUCACUCUGUGCAGACAUGUUGUUGAUAUACAGUGUAUACAUAAAUGGAUUUCAUCUGAAAUAUGUAGAGAGAGAAAUAUUUAGAAACUACUAAGGAUUAGUUUGUGAUAUCUGACCUGUAUAAAUAUAUUUAUGUUACCAGACAAAUGUUGCAGGUAUUAGCAACUGCAAAAGACCAAUAUUUGUUCCUUGAAUGUAUAUUAUCUAUUAUUUUCCAGCUUGUUAGUGCUAAGGACCAAACUCAAGUUGAAAAUAUAGACAUUAUUUUUGAAGAGUUAAGCAAGGGAGAUGACUCUUACAAUGUGGUUGGGGUUUUUUUUUCAGUCUCACAAACCACUGCCAUAUUUUGUGGACCAUUUAACAUGCACUACAAAAACUAAUCUCCAUUAUAUUUCAUUUUACUCCAUUCACUUACAUGCAACACUUUUUCCAUCUCUACGAAGAUUAACAUGCACAUAAUUAUAUAUGAAACACAAGUCAUGCAUACUUUGCCAUAUAUAUUAUCAGCAGACACUAUAUUUCACCCAGCAACACACCCAUGCAUACACAAAUGUAUCUGUACAUUAAAAUGUAUAUAUGGUAGUUUUUAUCAACAUAACUUCACUUUGGUAGCAUAGGCAUAUGGAACUUACGGUGGGAGGGGGAGGGGGUGGGAACAAUUGGCUCUGAUGGUUGCCUGAUAUUCAUAUUUAUACCACUAUAUGUAGCAUUAAAUAACUCAAAAUAUAAAGAAACCAAUCACUACCUACCUCACAUUUAGUAUAAAAUUAUUUAAUGCAAAUAUAAUAGGAAGCAACUGACCCACCUCAAACAAUGAUAAGUACUAAAGAAUACAACAUAUUUGUUAUUUAAAAUGUCAGUCUCAAACUUAUUGGACUCAAAUCUUUAAUGAGGUCGCACACUGUGUAUGCAAUUUGUAUGCAAUUUGUAUGGCAUUGCCAUGACCUUAAAAUUUCAAGACAUUAAAGUUUCAAAACCGUAUUAGAGUCUAACUCCAAACGUUUUAUAAACAUAGGGUCAGUUUUCAAAUAAACAUUUAUAAUCAGGAAACUAAUGUUUGAGGAUAAAAUGGGACACUAUUGUACAAUACUAAACAUCUCUCUCUCUCUCUCUCUCUCUCUCUCUCUCUCUCUCUCUCUCUCUCUCUCUCUCCACUUUAUGUCAAACAACCUGUUAAGUCAUGUUCUAUCUCUGAACCUCACCUUCCAUGCUGCUGUCCAAAUAGAUAACAGUAAUCUAAACUUUAGGUCUCAUUACAUUAAACACCUGUCUCGGUCAUUUGUAUCCUUUGGUUUUCAGUCUCGUCUUUACGAAGUAAAAAGGCAAGACACAGAUAUUACUUUUUCCCUCAGUAGCCUCACCAGUGACAAUGUGAAUUUUUGCAUUUAGCUCAAUGUUAAAUGGCGGCCUUUAGCUCCCAUUUCUUUAAGUCCUACAUGAAUAAAACCUGGUUAAUAAUGUUAAACAUAGGUUAAAACAACUUGAAAUUUAUUAAAUUAAAAUUUUAAUUUAAUCUUUUUAGAUUAAAUUUUUAAAGUUUUUUUUUUUUAAUUUAGUUUUUUAAGUUUCUUUUAACUUGUAAUAAAUACAUAUAUAUGAAGACAACUAUCAGUAUGAGCAACACUGAAUAAGUUUAUGGUAGGUGAGACAUUGAAUUCUGCAGAAUUCUUGGUAGUCAUUAUUGUUCAACUUAUUUUUCAUUCCAUCUGCUGUUACAACCCCUGCAAUUGCCCACGGCAGUUGGCAAUACCGUGGAGAUUGCCGUGGAUUUUUUCAUUCUUCACGGCACUUUUGUUGCUGUGGACUAUAUUUAAAAAAAUAUUCACUGCUUGUUUUUAGCCGUGGACGUUUUCUUAAUUGCAGGGGUUGUGUUAAAUUUUAAUCUUCCUGUUGAAAAACCUUUACCAAACUUAUUUUAUACUCUAUUAUUGUAGUAAUGGAAUGCUGCAAAAAAAAAAUGGUUUCUAUUAUAAUGGAGACAGCUUGUUGGACAUGUUGUUUUCAUUGGUGAAUGAUGUUAUAAAUGUACAGAUAUAGCUUUGAAAGAGGUUAUUGUUAGCUUUGUUGCUCAAUACAUUGUCUUGUUCUUUGGAGUGCAAUAAAUCAGUACCUCAUAUAGACUACAUCUUGAUGUAAACAUUGUCAGAUGCAAAUCUUUUUGUUGUUAAUAAAGAGUUAUGGUAGGCUUAGACUGUCAACUGUGAUGAAGUUGGUAAACUCAAUGAUUACGUUCUAAUUUCUCCUAACUUACAACGGGUGCACUCCGAUAAACACUUAAUGGGUUAUACGACGAGAAUUGAGUUGUAAGAGCGCUCAGUCUAUCAGUCUAGCAACUUGGCAGUGGUACAAGUCAUGAGAGCAGAAAAUUGGCCAAACUUAGUUCUGGCAGUUGGUAGUAUGAGCCUAGCAUUAGAUUUCAAUAUAUGCUUAUCAUACGACUUCUAUGUCUGAUAUGAGAUAUAGAUGAUUGCGGAAUAUAUAUUAUGGCUGUUACAGAAAUAUUCACUAAGGGUAUGUAAGUUUUUAUUCUUUACCCACCAUUUUAAAACUUAAUUUAUGGGGAAUUUUGUGCAUUAAAACUGGCCCAGCAGAGAUAAACAAUAUUAUUUGGGAUCCCUUGAUUGUCCAUGUGAUUUAAGGACAGUUAUGAAAUCAGACUGGGUUUUUUACAUUUAAAUAUGUAACUCAGUUUUUGUACCACUGUUGUAUUGAUACCGUACUUAAUAAUUACCAGGAUAUAAACAGACCUAUGCAAAUGUCUUCAAAACAUUUCUUUUUCUUCUUUUUUCUCAGAAAUAUUGACAUUGUAAACCUUCAAUGCAUUUGUGUUAAGUCCUUGUAUCAUAUAGUGUGUGUGUGGUUCAGAGAUCACACAAGAUUUGCAAUGGUGGAUCCAGGGUUAUCCUAAAAUGUUGUCUCAAACUGAGUCAACCAUAAAUACUUAUUAAAACUGUAUGAAUUUGGACUCUGCUUUGUGCAGAGAUAUGAUUUUAAAACUGUUAAUGGUGUGAAGAAUUUUCCUUCAGGACUUCCUUGGGCAUUCAGCUGCAUUGUUUCCUAGACAUUUGUGUUUUUGGAUCUUUGAAUCGGCGUUUCAGAAUUAAGUUUUUUGGUUUUUAAAGAUACCAAGACCAUUAUGGGUAGCCCAUGGAUCCGCCAGUUAUGUUUGUAUCAUCUCACUUGACUGUGUUCAUUUAGUUAUUAUUAAACAGCUGCAAUUGUUCCUUGUAGCUCAGAAAUCAUGCAGCUUCACAUAGAUUUAAUCAAGAAAUCUUUGAUCUAAUUGAUUCUGCGGUGUACAGUAAUUAUAGUCCGUGCCACAGGGAUCAAAUUUUUGUUCCUACUAUGUAAUUAACUACAAGUUAUUUAUUUCAAAGCCGAUUGAUUUGUAAAUUACACACACAAAUUGUAUUUCUUUGUUAUUUCUAAAACACUUUCACUUUAACUGAAAUUAUUUACAAGAAAAAACCAUUUGAAUAGAAUGAUGGGACAGACUGUAGCAUUGUAUUUAGCAUUGUCAGACUGGAUAUUCAGGCUUGGACACAGACGGCAAACUUACAGAUUUAAUCAAGAAAUCUGCAAUCUAACUGUUUCAGCUGUGUGACUAGAUUUAAGUAUUUAAGAAUCACAAGUUGAAUUUCUAGAGAUGACUAAAUAACAGUAGCAUAUUUAAUUUAAUAUUGUUGGACCUUGAUUAUAUCAACCCCAAGUUCAGCCAGCAAACAUUUUGCUAAUGUUUCGUGAACUACUUGAUUGGUUCCUGAUGUAGUCAUUUGUUUUACCGCGAAGUGCAUACCAAUCUAGUGGAAGUUAUUUUUCUGCUCGGUCUGGCUGAACACAAACCAGAUGUCUUAGCCCCACCUCUCCCCCUUACCCUCCCCCUCACACAUAACAAUAAUUUGUGAAUUAAGGGAAAAUUAACACAUGGAGUAACUUGUGAAAACACCAACCUAAUGAUUUUUUUUUUUUAAAGAGUAAAAGACACUUGAAUAUAUUUAGAGGCAAUGGGUUCCCCCAUCCCGUCCCCCCCCCCCCUCCCGAAACAUACACACCCUUUGGAUCCACCUUUGUGCAUACACAUGCAUACAAGGGACGAGGGUGUAUGUAAAAUUCAUGACUUGUUUUUUGGCAUACAUAUUUUGUCUGGUCCCUAUGGUUCUAGCUGACACACUAUUUCUUGGUACUUUUCACAGAUAAAAUAUUUACUGAAUUAGUAAGAUUAUAAAUUAUUCACUUCAGUCAGAUGUAGAUAUUGGUAUCAAUCUUGUUGUUUCACUUCUAAAUUUAAAAAUAUAUAUUAAUUACAAUUAAGGAAUAUCUGACAUGAUCGUAAAGGAAUAUUUGGCAGACAAUAUCAGUUAAGGAAUAUUUGGCAGACAAUAUCAGUUAAGGAAUAUUUGGCUGAUGAUUUAAGGAAUAUUUGUUAGAUAUCAGAAUUGUGUUAUUAUUUCAUGCUUCUUAAUGGUGCUUCUGAUAUUUUGUAACUUUUGUAGACUUUUAGACAGGAUUUUCAGUUUACAAGAGUUUUAUCUUGUAUUUUAAACAGUGUAAAAAAUCAUCCAUCAAGCUUUAAAUGUAUACUGGUCAUUGUACAGCUAGUAUAACUAAUUAAAGUGUUACUGUGUAAAUAAAGAGAGUGGUCAUUAACAUUGCGAGUUCAUAUUUCUAUGGGCCCAUUACAUACAACAUGUUUCCAUUUUAUCUUGAUAUUUCAGAUUUUUUUUUUACUGUUGAUAUUUUAAUAUCAAUACAAGUUCAUUUUACUUAAUUCAAGUUAAGAUUUUAAGUACUUUAAAAACGAUCUUGUUAAUUUUAAUUUAGUAAUCAUUUCACCUUUAAUAUAUAUUAUACGAAACUGAUUAGUCUUAAAUUUUACAAGUUAAACACAUACACAUUUGUUAAUCACAUGAUAUUGAUUGAACAUGAUAUCUUUAUGUAUAACUUGUUAACAACAUAUUGAGUAUGUUGUAAUAAAAGCUUUGUUUAAACAUUGUUAAUCAUACUAUGUUGAACACAUUUUCUUCAUAUGGGUAACAUUGUUGAUCACAUGUUGAACAUGUUUCACUCAAUUGUAAUCCUAACUACAUCAUGUUGAAUAUUUUCUCUUUAAUAUGUGUAUUGUUAACCAUAUACGACUCUUGUCAUAAGUUUAGCAUCAUGAGAGAAAAUAUUUAAGAUGCUGUGAUACAAAAACUUUUAACAUUUAUAAUGUAUUUCACUGGAGUGGUGAACCCAUAGCAAUGUGAACUGUUGAGUGUAGAGAGAGAUAACAGCUACAGUGACUGCAUUGCUGAAUAGUUUGUACAGUUUAGUAGGUCAGUGGAUUAAAACUGAAACUACCUGCUAAUGUGAAUAAAUCACAAACAAAAGUAAA